CAAAUCUUUUAAUCAAUUAAGGAGUAUCCUUCCUUCCUUCUCAUAGGUCUAUAUAUAGUACUCAAGAGCGAGCUUCACUGGAAAGGCAAAGCAUUCAGCAAUUAUCCGUACAAAAUUGCUCUAAUGGGGAGUUUGAUGAUGAAGCUGCUACUGUUAAUCUUGAUUAUUGGCGGAUCAGUCUCUUGUUCUCUUGGAGUUGAACCGCUUGAAAGCUUGGUUUCACAAAAGGGAAGGAAAGAGAAAACCGCUUGUCAACUUGCAGUAAAAGAAAAUUCUAGUGAUAUGAUAGAAAAGCUGAGGGAAAAUGAUGAAAAUCUGCAAGCUGCUGCAGAUUCCAAGCAAAAUAUUGAUGGCAAUUUCAGAUACAAUGAAAUUAUCAUGCGAAGACUACUACAAAGGGGACCUGUGCCUCCUAGCUCUGGUAACACUCCUUGUACUCAUAUUCCUGGUAGAGGAAAGGGUUGUGUUACUCCUAAUACUCAUGGUUGAUAUGCAAUGGGGACUGGGAGCAACACUGCUACUGUAAGAUUGGAAUAAUGACCCAGAAUAAAUGCUGUUGUAUUUGAAUCACUAAGUGCCAAGGAAUUAUAAUGGCUUAAUUAGUACUUUAUAUAUGUGCCUAUGAGUAUUAAUGAACAACAAAAUUUUACA